AUGACAGAAAAAAGAUAAACUUCUUCACACGUCGAGGCACUUUUCCGACAUUUAUCUGAUUUUUCUCGUAAUUUAAACACUUAAUUGUGCUAGUAAGUUAAAAUAAAGGUUCAAAAAUGCGUCCAGCGACGUUUUUCUUUGCGUUCACUAUUUUAUUUGUAGCAGUAACUGCAAGAAUUGAUCCCAAAAACUUGAAGUGUUUAGUGUGUCGGACGACCUUCGAGGAGCUUAACGAUGUGAUAAAAAAAGUAGAUAAAUGGAAGAAAAUCGAUGUCGGCAACUUCAGGAUGGAUGCAAGUGGCAACACUAUGCAGGAGAAGGUGCCUGCCCACCGGUCAGCUGUGUAUAUCUCCGAAGUUAUUGAUGGCAUUUGCAAGAAGAUGGAUGACUACGUCCGAGUCUACUACAAAGCUACCAACAAGCUGGCCAUCAUGCAGCUCAUUACCAAGGACGGAAGCAUGAACCCCGAGUUCAGCAAGACCAAGUUUGUCACCGACGAUGACCUCAACAAGAGCUUGGAGUACUAUUGCGAGCGUAUGUUCGAGGAGAAUGAGGAUGAGAUCACGACGCUGUACAAGGAGAGACCUCAUGACGAUAUUAUGCCCGAUGCUGAAAGAGAGAUCUGCUUCAACACCGCGCAAUACUGCGAAGAAUGGAUGUUACCCAACGAUGAAGACACCACAUGGACGCAAGAGAUGGAGAGGGAGUAUGUCAAGGUCCACGGCCCCGACCCGUACGGUUUCGGCGGCCUCCCCCCGCAGAGCGAGAUGCCUGACUUCAGCAAGGACUACGACGAUACCGAGCAACAAACCGACGAGAUUGACCUACAGGCUGAAAACGAUAAGGAUGAACUGUAAAUGUUAUGUAGAAGAUAGUUUGUUACCUCCCCACUCAGAGACAUUUAAUGGUUACGUAAGCCAUUCCUUAGUGAAGGAUUUGUAUGACAUUCCGUCACCAAGGAGUGACUUAAGUAAUCAUUAAAUGUCUCUGAGUGGGGAGGUUAGUGCGGCUUAUACAGGAUAGUUAACUUUAAAUGUGGUUUGUGUUAAAUGACUUUGUUUUGGAUGUAGUUAGCGUUUAGAAAAUUCGGCCUUUGCAAAGUCAAAUGAUUUUAUGUCAUUCAGGCCUUUACAAGUACUUAUGAACGUACGUAAAAUAUUAAUAAGUUUGCUGCUCAUUCCAAAAGUAGCUUCCUAUGGAUACUACCAAACUAAGAGGUUUCCGACUUGAGGCAGUGGUGGCGUAGCAUCGGGUGGCACCCGGGGCGGACUACAGAGCAUCCCCCCACAAAUAGCGCCUAAACAAGUUAGAAAUAUCCACCGUAAAGUGAAUUUAUCCACGGUGGAAAAAGAAACUGUGACUGAAGCGAGAGUCAGUUGUUUUUGCUACUUCGGUGCUUUAACUUUUUGUUAGAUUGAGGACUUAAAAAAUAAGCGCAGAAUACAUUAGAAAUGAAGAAAAAAACGCGAUGUGAGCGGAAUUUUUUUCAAACUUUGAGGAAUUAAUUUAUGGUCGGAUCCAAGAAAUAAAGUCAUUUAACACAGAUGGUAA